AUGGAAGGCUACUCCGUCUCUCACGUUUUUCACGGUUUGAUGUGCUUUUCAAAAGGGCCAAGUUCGAAAAUAUAUAACACUACCACUAGGCAACUUGUUGUCUUACCCGACGUAGAAGAAUCCAACAUGUUCAUGGCUGAAAAUGACAACUUUAAGCAGAUCAUGUUCAUGUACCAAAUCGGAUACGAUCCUGUUCAGGAUCAGUACAAAGUGGUUUGCAGAGUUGCAAGAAGAACCUUUGACGAAUUUGGAAGAGAGUUACCUACGUUCCUGCCAGAGCAUUGGGUCUUGCUACUAGGAGGAGAUGGAUCAAGUCGAUGGAGAAAGAUUCCAAGCAUAUGUCCACCACAUAUUAUUAUUAUAAAACUGUGGACUAUCAAUGGGGGUAUGCAUUACCUAGCUUGGGUUCGUUAUCCUGAUCUUGUGCUUGUGAGUUUCGACAUUAGUACUGAAGAAAUCAGUAUGCUCCAACUACCUGAAGAUAUCCAAUUCUCUUGGAAGACCAAUAUAAUAGAAUACGGUGGGAAAGUAGCUAUUUUAGGCUACACUCAUCUUAAAACAAAAGGCAUGAUGAAACUAUGGGUCAUGGAAGAUGCAGAUAAGAAUAGGUGGAGUAAGACUCUGGUGUUGCAUUCUUCUCAAAUACCUAUAGUCGACAAGACUAAUCUGUUGUUACAUAGUACAACUAGAAACGGCGAGGUUAUGUUCUUGAUAACUCAAUCUAGCUCUCCUACUCGAAGGAAGGUCUUGGAACCUCAAAAUAAAGCUCUUUUCUACAUUUUCCUUUACGAUCUACAGAAGAAUCAUAUGAGAAAAGUUGAAGUUAAAGAAACACCCAACGGCUAUCUUACCAAGUUUUGUGACGUUGCUGGAUUGGAUGAUGUUGAGAACUUGAUAUAUCUCUAA